GAGUUUACAGUCCGAAAAUGUUCGCGACGCCGCGGCCGAAGGUACAUAACUGCGUAUGCGCAUGUCAUAGCGUGACGGCGUCGGCUGACGGCCAGGCGGGAAGAUCUCCUAUUUUGAAGGCGUCUUGCAGGAUGGAGGGAUCGAAGAAGAAAACCAAUAUAAAAAGUGUUAAAAGGCCAAUGGUGUGGAGUGAUCAACACAAUAUGUUAUUGCAAGAAAUUUAUUUGUCUGAAUCUUGGAAGUACAAACGAGGAAGUAAACCGCGAGGUCAAGUGUGGGAGAGAAUAAGUGAGUCCUUAAGUAAGCUUGAAUCUACCAGGUUUACUGUGAAUCAGAAAUCUGUAUGUGAUCACUACAUCAUGCUAGAGAAAGAACAAAAGAAUAAAAUAAGAGAAGAAAAGGCCAGUGGGAUUGCCCUGCAACAUACACCAUUUGAUGACUCUAUGACAGACAUUAUUGAACAAUUUAAAGAGAGAGAUGCUGAAGAUCAGCAACUGGAAUCAGAAAAAAAGGGGAAAGGCAGAGGAAGAGACUGCAAAGGCAGUUGAAAUGCUAAAGGCUUCAAUGGAAAC